GCUACUGGAAAAACCUGAGCGAAGAAGAAGAACAAGGAAGACUGCUCCAAUCCUGCAGUAGGUCUGAGGCGCGUUGCUGCUGAGUGGCUACGUGCUGUUAAAGGGACGUAACAAUGGAGUCUGCUUUCCACACUGAUAUGAAGGAGCUUUUCUGUGCUCUGUGCACCGCUCUGCUCCUCCUCGCCACGGUCACGUCUGCAGAGGAAAGCGCUCAGGUGAAAAACCCCCAGUGUCAAAGUUACGCGGGAGGACACGUCUAUCCCGGAGAGGCUUUCCGUGUGCCCGUGUCCGACCAUUCCCUCCACCUCAGCAAAGCCAAGAUUUCAAAGCCUGCACCCCACUGGGAAGGAACAGCUGUCAUCAACGGUGAAUUCAAGGAGCUGAAGCUGUCGGACUACAAAGGCAAAUACCUCGUUUUUUUCUUCUAUCCCCUGGACUUCACAUUUGUCUGUCCGACUGAGAUCAUUGCAUUCAGUGAUCGUCUGCACGAGUUUCAAGCCAUCAACACGGAGGUGGUCGCUUGCUCAGUAGAUUCCCAGUUCACACACUUGGCCUGGAUCAAUACUCCCAGGAAGCAGGGUGGACUUGGACAAAUGAAAAUCCCUCUGCUGUCUGACCUCACUCACCAGAUUUCAAAAGACUAUGGUGUCUACCUGGAGGACCAAGGACACACACUGAGGGGUCUAUUCAUCAUCGAUGGCAAAGGUAUCCUGAGGCAGAUCACUAUGAACGAUCUUCCAGUGGGAAGAUCUGUGGAUGAAACUUUGCGGUUGGUCCAGGCCUUCCAGUACACAGACAAACAUGGAGAAGUGUGUCCAGCAGGAUGGAAACCAGGCAGUGACACAAUCAUUCCUGAUCCUUCAGGCAAGCUGAAGUAUUUCGAUAAACUGAAUUGAUGUAUUUGUUUUCCCAGUCUCUGAAAUCCAACACUUACACUUUAAAAUUUCCAAUAAAAUGUGUUUUCCUAAA